AUGAUCGCCAAGGAGGUGGGAAGUAUAACUUUGGCAGACCCUGGCCUGCUUGAGAAAAUUGACCAACUAUUUGCUUGUAAUGUGGGAGAAUACGUCGAUCUUCCACAGCUUGUGGUAGUGGGCGACCAAUCAAGUGGAAAGAGCUCUGUCCUAGAGGGCUUAACCAAGCUGAACUUCCCCCGUGACAGUGGUCUCUGCACUCGCUUCGCUACCCAGAUCAUCUUCCGGCGAAACGUCAACUUGGUUGGCCGAGAGAUCUCGGCUUCCAUAAUUCCAGCACCGGAUCUAGGAACGGACGAGGCACAGAAACUAAGAGACUGGAAUGCUACUGGUCUGCAGGCUCUCGGCGGAGAAGGAUUUGCUCAGAUGAUGAGAGAGGUCCAUAAGCUUCUGAAUCUCAGUGAUUUACAAGUUAUUGGAUCCUUUGGAAAGGCGACUUUUUCCAACAGUGUUCUCCGGCUUGAGAUCUCUGGCCCCCAGGAGGAUCAUCUCAGUGUGAUUGAUGUUCCAGGAAUAUUCAAAACCACGAUCCAUGGAAUCACCACAAAAGAUGACAUAGUGCUCGUUAGAAACAUGGUUUACAAUUACAUGAAGAACCCACGCUCUGUCGUGUUGACCGUUGUUCCAGCAAAUGUCGACAUUGCGACGCAGGAGAUUAUCGAGAUAGCCCGCGAAAUCGAUCCUACUGGCGAAAGAACGCUGCAAAUCAUGACCAAAAUCGACCUGGUCGAUCAAGGAACCCAAAAGAAAGUAAUCGAUAUGAUCGAGGACCAGAAUACCAGUGGCAAGCUUGGGUGGAUUGUUGUCCGGAACCUAGGACAACAGGAGCUUGAGGAUGGAAAUGUCGAUCGAGACCUUCUAGAGAAAAAGUGGCAUCAAAGUCCUCCGUGGAACCGUGUGCGAGCUGAGAACUUUGGCAUCAAUGCUUUAAGAAAACAGCUCCAACUUGUUCUCACAUCACACGUUCGCCGCACAUUUCCUUCGGUACGUUCGGAAACAACUAAGAGGCUUAAUGCCGCACGAAAAGCUCUCCAAUCGCUUGGAACUGAGCGGCAGACCCCGGAACAGCAACGCAUGACGCUUCUGGACAUCGUUUCAUCAUUUCAACAAAUCACACAUCUGGCGCUAGUCGCGAACUACAGUUUGGAUGACAUUUUCGAUACAGAUCGGGAUGUUCGGUUGGCAACCAUGGUCUCCAGCAGAAAUGAGGAGUUUUCGAAUCACGUUUCCACAUGGGGUCACGAAUUCGCAUUUACCGAUACAUCCCAGACAGACCCUCUACCAAACCCUCUACCAGAGCCAAAAGAACCAGAAGGAUCAAAAGGGUCAGAAGAAUUGGCAGGUUCAUCCGACGAGUUCGCCGCAGAAAUUGAGCCAGCGAAACAGUGCGGAGUUGAUUUCAUUCCAAGCCGCGGAAUUCAGGCAGAUGAAGAAGUGCAGGAAAUUUUGCAUGAUGCUGUUAACGUCCCUAGAGCUAAAGAUGGUAUCUCAAUCUGGAUGGGAACGGUCUAUCGUGAAUCUCGUGGCUUCGAAAUUGGAACCUUCAAUCAUACCUUGCUGUCGGCAUUGAUAAAAAAACAAUCCGCGAAGUGGUCGACCCUGGCGCAAGGAUACAUGAGUGAUGUGAUCACCAUGGUUCACCGAUUCAUCAGAAAGGCACUUCUCGCUGCCUGCGGUGAUAUCAGGAUUUCGACCAACAUCCUCACUCGCCUAUGGGAUGAAUUAAUCGGCAAGUAUAAGCAGGCUAUUUUACAUGUUGACUUUCUGUUGAAGGUCGAACGUGUAGGGACGCCGAUGACCUUGAACCAUUACUUGAACGAUAACCUCCAAAAGUGCCGACAAAAAAGGUUCAAAGAAGCGCUAUCCUCGAAGAGUCUGGAAGGCUGUCAACAUGGAGAGGUCGUCCGUGUUAGCGAUCUCUCAUACUGUGACAACAUGAGCAAUGCCGAGCAUACUGUCCACGAUCUCCAUGACAUUCUACAGGCGUACUACAAAGUGGCCCGGAAACGAUUUGUCGACAAUGUUUGCAUGCAGGGAGCGGAUUAUUUCCUCGUGACCGGCCCGGAAGCUCCCAUGAAGUUGUUCUCGCCAUCGUGGGUCAAUGGUCUCUCGGACAAAGCAUUGGAGGAGAUUGCCGGGGAGGAUGGCAACACAAAGCGGAGACGUCUACAGCUGCAGAAGGAAAUCGCCGACUUGGAAGCUGGCAGGAAGAUUCUCUUGGAUUAA